CCAGUGCAAUAGCCUACUGAGAAAGCACGUUGCCGUACCUGAUAAAUUGACACAACAAGACUUCGUAGGGCGGGUCAGGGCGUGUUUUCUACAAAUGAUUAGCAAUGGUAGAAAAUCACCACACAUAUGUGAUUACACCCAGCUAUAAGUAUAUAAACGUUUUGACAUUCAAUGACUGAGGCUAUCGCUAAUGGAAGAGAUCGAAAAAAAGAGGGGUGAAUUGGCGAAUAGUUAUUUCCUUAUAGGCUACUCCAAUAAAUACAGUUGGUGUGGGUAGUCAGUUUCCUGUUUUCUUCGGAGCCGAGCUUAAAUAAUUUAUCACAUCUGGACUCUAAUAACAUCAGAGGCUGAGAUGCAAACCUUUCUGAAAGGCAAGCGAGUGGGCUACUGGCUCAGUGAUAAGAAGAUGAAGAAGCUGAAUUUUGUGGCCUUCGUGGACAUGUGCAGGAAACGAGGCAUAGAGAUGGUUCAGCUGGACCUUAGCCAGCCCCUGGAGGAGCAGGGUCCCUUGGACGUCAUCAUCCACAAACUGACUGACCUCAUCCUGGAGGCGGAGAAGAAUGACACGGAGGCCCUACUGCUUGUGCAGUGUGUGCAGGACUACAUCGAGGCUCACCCUGAGACCAUUGUGCUGGACCCCCUCCCUGCCAUUCGGACCCUGCUGGACCGUUGGCGCUCCUACCAGCUGAUCCACAGGAUAGAGAGCUGCAUGCAAGACAACAGGAUCUGUUCUCCUCCCUUCAUGGUCUUGAAUAGCGAGUACGGGCCGGACACCAUGAAGCAGAUUGAGAAGCACGGAAUCACCUUGCCGUUCAUUUGCAAAACGCGGGUGGCGCAUGGCACCAACUCUCAUGAGAUGGCUCUUAUCUUCAGCGAAGAGGACCUGAAGGACGUCAAGCCACCGUGUGUGAUCCAGAGCUUCAUCAACCACAACGCUGUGCUGUAUAAGGUGUUCGUGGUGGGAGAGUCCUACACUGUGGUGGAGCGGCCCUCGCUCAAGAACUUUCCCUCCGGACCUGCAGAGUUCUCAGGCACAGGGAGACUCAGCCAAUUGGGGAACAUGUUCCGGGACGGGAGAUACCACACGAGUACCGCAAGAGUCCUGAAGCGAGAAGCGAUUUUCUUCAACAGUCAUAAUGUCUCCAAGCCGGAGUGUUCUUCAGACCUGACCUCUCGAGAUAACGUGGAGGGCGUGUUCCAGCUGCCCAGUGAUGACGUCAUCCGGGAACUUUCCAAGGCCGUGCGUCAGGCUCUCGGCGUGUCCUUGUUCGGUAUUGAUGUCAUCAUCAGCAACCAGACGGGCCAGCACGCGGUGAUCGACAUCAACGCUUUCCCAGGUUAUGAGGGAGUCCCCGAGUUCUUCACCGACCUCUUGAACCACAUCACCAGUUUACUGCAGGACCCGGUGCCCGAGAGCGCCCCCACCCAGCAGCACAGGGACAGUGAGGCGGGCCAGACCCCUGCCACUGCGGUGCCAAGUGCCGGGCACCAGGACUCCAGCGGCAUUCUGGGUAAAGAUGGAGCCCGGACGGUGGAGAACGAGCCAGCGAAAAAGGCCCAGGGCCAGAGGAGAGGCUGCAACUCCGCCCUGUCCGCCAACUUCCAGCCGCAUUGCCUGUGUCCCAGAGCAACCAAGGCCUCCUCCCAGUGACAAACACUGGACUCCUCCCCUUCACUGCCUGUGUCCCAGAGCAACCAAGGCCUCCUCCCAGUGACAAACACUGGACUCCUCCCCCUCACUGCCUGUGUCCCAGAGCAACCAAGGCCUCCUCCCAGUGACAAACACUGGACUCCUCCCCCUCACUGCCUGUGUCCCAGAGCAACCAAGGCCUCCUCCCAGUGACAAACACUAGACUCCUCCCCCAAACGUCCUGGCCACACCCCAGACUAAUAACAGCUAAUAUGUCCUUAACCAGACAAAACUUUCCAAGGAUGAGGAAGGCGAAGAAGACGGAGAGUAGAUUCUGGCUUCUUAUUUCUCACUGUCUUUUGAUUUUUAUUCGGUUUUGUGGCGAUGCGGCAGAACUUUGGGAUCUCGGUGAAGCUUUGUUAUUGUUUUCUUCAUAUUCUUCUGGUACGAGUGAAAAUGCGUGUGUGUGUGUGUGUGUGUGUGUGUGUGUCUGUCUGUAUUGGGGGACGUGGGGCUGUUGCGUAGACAGCAGGAGGUCUUGGCGCAUCCGGAAAGAGACCACACAAAGGGACAGCAUGUCCACUGAGACGCAGAAGGCUCACCACGUCUCUCUCCUGUCGUGUGCGAAAACUUUACCUAACCCCCCCCCCCCCCC